AACUCUCACCGUUUUCAUUCAGAGGGCAUAUCGUGUGAGUUUCAGGACUCAUAGUUGCACACCUCGAUGCACAGCCUAGCAACCUGGACAAGUUAGGGGCUUACUCUGCUCUCGCGAGCUUUCCCAAACACUUGAGAAGGGAAUUUCAUGUUCCGCCUCGUCUUUUAGGGUACAUUCCGCGUGCGUGUCAGGAAUGCUGACACAAAGCCAACGAACGGUUGUGAGCAUUGCGAGUCAUCACUGUUGCUGACCUGUCAAGACCUCCACCGUCGAGAGCUUCUAGUCAGAGAGCGUGACACGCACGGGGAAUGCACCCUUAUCCUUCUCUCACUUUUUAGAGUCUCUUUGUUUUGGACCCAUUUUCUGCGCGCACUCGCUCGUUCCCAAGAUUUUCCGCUGCUAAGCAGAAACUGGGAUGCGAACAAGAAGAAGAAUCGAGGAUGCCACCGUUUCCGUCGCUGCCGGGGUUCCGGCGGUUCAGCCCGACAGACGAGGAGCUGCUCGGCUUCUACCUGCAGCGCAAGGUCGACGGCACCCUCGACGACGGCGGCUUGCUCGUCGAAGUCGACAUUCUCAAAUGCGAGCCGUGGGACCUCCCUCCCGAGUCGUGCUUUGAUGCCGGCCAGCGGUACUUCUUCUGCACGCUCGACAAGAAGUACCCGCGCGGGGCGCGCAUGAAUCGCGCCACGCCGAGCGGAUAUUGGAGGUCCACGGGCCCGCUUAAGAGAAUCUGGAGCUCGUGCAAGACGGCGAUCAUAGGGACCAGGAGGACGCUCGUGUUCUACCGCGGGCGAGCGCCGCACAGCGACAAGACGGGCUGGGUGAUGCACGAGUACCAGCUCGAGUCCGAGUCGCUGUCCCGCGCCGCCGCUCCCGCGGCGCACUGCGUGCUGUGCCGCGUGUUCGAAAAGAGCCCCGCCGCUGUGAAUUCCACGUCGCCGAUCGAGCAAGGCGAAGGGACGGCGCCUGUCAGCGAGCUCACGUGGGAGACGGGAAGAGGAAGCGGCGGCGGAGGAGGAGGGCCUAAUGGUACGAAUGGGGUCGGGACCCGUCCGCCCGCAGCGACGGCGCCAGCAGCUUCUCCACCGCCCUCGCGUCCUUCACCCCUCCUCCUCCCCUUCCAUCACAAAAAUGUGGACCUCUCCUAUAUUGUAGGUAUAGUUGUUCGUAUAGCAAGGCUACUCCGUAGCAGACGUACCUAUGCCAUACCUACUGUAUACCUACUCCGUAUUUCUGAUCCUGGAAUUUUGGGAUGUCCUCCUCCUCUUCCUGCUGCUGAUGCCGAAACGCCUCCCGCUCCUCCGGGCACAUUCCCGCCUUUGUCUCAGGAGGCUGGGUCUGUGGAUUCCCCGUUCUUGACGUCGGAUGAGGAUUUUACCUGGAUGGACGAAUUCUGGAAGGGGCUCGCCAAUGAAUCCCCCUUGCCGAAUGGGCCCAUUGCCGCGCCUCAGCCCUCUAUUAAUCUACCGGAAGGCAUUUCGUUUGGCGAUUUUAUCAAGGAUACACCCGCCAAUGAUCUGCACCCCUACGAUGCCUCACUCCCCGCCCCUCUUGCCGCUCCUGCCGCUCUUGCUGCGCCUGUCCCACCUGCGGCUGCAGCUGUGGCUGCGGCAGCAGGUUCCGCGCCACCUGCACCUGCACCUGCUGGCGGAGUCUCUCCAGCGGCCCCUCGGGCCGUGCCCGCGCACCAGCGGGCAGCGCCAGCAGCAGGCGGAGCAGCCACGAUCGCAGCAGCCGCCGCAGUGCUGGCUAAAGCCAUGGUGGCAUGGAGCGCCGCCGCAGCAGCAGGGCGAGGCUCCACUCCUCGCUCUAAUGCGGAUGGUCUCGCCCCCAUCCGUUGCGCCACUCCCACCAUUCCCGCGAACACCGCGAGAGCAGCGGUGCGGCCCAGUUCGCGGCUGGUGCAUGCAGCGGGCACGAGGAGGUCGGUGCCUGGAAGCUCGUCCAUGGCGGGGCGGCGUGUGCGCAGGCGGGCGUUCAACUCGCCGGGGGCGGGUAGAAGGAGCAUACCUGUGUCGCUGAACCUGGGUGUGCGACCUGUUGCUGCGGCGCCCUCUCACCCGCAUCCCGCGCAGGCGUAUGGCAGAGUGGGUGAUGAAGAGGGCAUGGUCGCAUCACCGUCAAUGGCUGCUUUGGACUUGCCGAGAUUGGCCUCCGUUGCAGAGGUCGCAGGGCUCUUUACUGCUGAAGGUGUGGACAGACAUGGGGCUCGGAUGAGGAUCGACCCUCCUGCUGCCCCUCCUGCUGCUGCUGCUGCUGCUGCUGCUGCUCCUGCUGCGCCUGCUGCCCCUGCUGCUCCUGCUGCGCCUGCUGCCCCUGCUGCCCCUGCUGCUGCUGCUGCUGCUCCUGCUGCUCCUGCCGCUCCCGGCGCCUAUGCUGUUGCUGGUGAGGGCGUUGCUGUACGGCCCCAGGCGCUGCAGCGACACACUUUGCAUCCCGACAUGUUACAGCCACCGACAGCACACGAACAGGACUGGCUGGCAGAAAUAGUCAAUCUGGAAGAUUUGGAGCUCUUUGGUGCCGCUGUCCCUGUGGCCCCUGCUGCUCCUGCUGCCCGUGCUCCUCGUGAUGGUGGACGAGGCGUUCCUAUAGCCGAGACACCUAUAGCUGGUGCGCUUGUGCCUGACCGUGCGUUCGAGCCCCCUGUGCCUGUGCCUUGUGCUCCCGCCAGGGCUGAUGCUGGCCCUCUGGGACCUGCCCCAGCUGCCUUUGCUGCUGCUGCUGCUGCCGCUGCUUCUGCUGCUGCUGCUACUGCUGCGCCGCUAGUACCCCCUCCUGCCGCCGCUGUAGCUGCAACAGCGCCCGCGCUGGUUGCCGCUGCAGCAGUGGUUGGCGCGGUCGCUCCUGCUGUCGCUGCUGCUGCCGUGCCAGCGCGUGACAGGCUUGAAGCAGUAGCAGCAGCAGCAGCAGCUAUAGGUUGGGCUUGGCCUGGGGAGGUAGCCGGGAUGGGCAGCCCAGCUGAGGGUGGUGCUCUGGACAGUUGGGGGCAUCUGGGGGACGGCCACGGCGGGCAGGAGGCUGCCAGGGCGGACGAGCGUGCAAUGGCGGACGAGCGUGCAAUGGCGGACGAGCGUGCAAUGGCGGACGAGCGUGCAAUGGCGGACGAGCGUGCAAUGGCGAACGAGCGUGCAAUGGCGGACGAGCGUGCAAUGGCGGACGAGCGUGCAAUGGCGGACGAGCGUGCAAUGGAGGACGAGCGUGCAAUGGCGGACGAGCGUGCAAUGGCGGACGAGCGUGCAAUGGCGGACGAGCGUGCAAUGGCGGACGGGCAUGCAAGGGCGGACGAGCGUGCAAGGGCGGACGGGCAUGCAAGGGCGGACGAGCGUGCAAGGGCGGACGGGCAUGCAAGGGCGGACGAGCGUGCAAUGGCGGACGGGCAUGCAAGGGCGGACGAGCGUGCAAGGGCGGACGGGCAUGCAAGGGCGGACGAGCGUGCAAGGGCGGACGGGCAUGCAAGGGCGGACGAGCGUGCAAGGGCGGACGGGCAUGCAAGGGCGGACGAGCGUGCAAGGGCGGACGGGCAUGCAAGGGCGGACGGGCAUGCAAGGGCGGACGGGCAUGCAAGGGCGGACGGGCAUGCAAGGGCGGACGGGCAUGCAAGGGCGGACGGGCGUGCAAUGGCGGACGAGCGUGCGAUGGCGGACGAGCAUGCAAGGGCGGACGAGCGUGCAAGGGCGGACGGGCAUGCAAGGGCGGACGGGCGUGCAAUGAGUGCAAUGGCAGCAGAGCGUGCACUGGUGGAAGGGUAUGAAAUGAUGGAAGAGAAUGUAAUGGCGGGAAUGCGUGCACUGGUGGAAGACCAUGCGACGCCGGAAGAGCUUGAUUCUGCAUGGGACGGAGCAUCGUUCGUGAUUCUUCAGUGCUUGCAGGGUUCCCCACCACAGUGUCUGGGGGUACUGGAGCGGAGGCAGCAGCUGACAGAAGGAGGUGAGGCGGAGGCACUUGGUCUGCUAGGGGAGUUGGCUGGUGCUGCUCCAGCGGCAGCAGCUGAAGGCGCGGGUGGAGCUCCUGAGUUGUGGUCGCGGGACAGUCUACAACCGCAGGUGGUACACGAGCAGGGAUGGCUGGCAGCGGAGGCAGACCUUAUUUUUGGUGCAGGUUAUGACGAUUCUGAGUGUGAGGGUGCAGAGUUUCCUGGUGUGGAGGAUCUGGAGCUCAUUGGUGAUGACUUUGAUGGGGCAAGAGGCAGAGGCACGGAUGCCUUUGAUGGGAGCAGUUUCAACCCGAUGGAGGCGGAGGGCGAUGGUGUGGAGCCAGCCGCUACCGAGCCCAUUGAAUGGCUGGCAGGGUUUGUUGACGAUGCAGAAUUUGAGGGUGACGAGUCUGACGACGCAGACUUUCAGGGCGCAGAGUUUGAGGGUGCAGAAUAUGAGGGUGUAGAGUUUGAGGGCGCAGAGUUUGAGUGUGCAGAGUAUGAGGGUGCAGAGUUUGAGGGUGCAGAGUGUGAGGGUGCAGAGUUUGAGGGCGCAGAGUGUGAGGGUGCAGAGUGUGAGGGUGCAGAGUGUGAGGGUGCAGAGUGUGAGGGUGCAGAGUGUGAGGGUGCAGAGUUUGAGGGUGCAGAGGUUGAGGGUGCAGAGUUUGAGGGUGCAGAGGUUGAGGGUGCAGAGGUUGAGGGUGCAGAGUGUGAGGGUGCAGAGUUUGAGGGCGCAGAGUGUGAGGGUGCAGAGUGUGAGGGUGCAGAGUGUGAGGGUGCAGAGUGUGAGGGUGCAGAGUGUGAGGGUGCAGAGUUUGAGGGUGCAGAGGUUGAGGGUGCAGAGUUUGAGGGUGCAGAGGUUGAGGGUGCAGAGGUUGAGGGUGCAGAGUAUGAGGGUGCAGAGUAUGAGGGUGCAGAGUAUGAGGGUGCAGAGUAUGAGGAGUAUGAGGGUGCAGAGUAUGAGGGUGCAGAGUAUGAGGGUGCAGAGUAUGAGGGUGCAGAGUAUGAGGGUGCAGAGUGUGAGGGUGCAGAGUAUGAGGGUGCAGAGUAUGAGGGUGCAGAGUGUGAGGGUGCAGAGUAUGAGGGUGCAGAGUAUGAGGGUGCAGAGUAUGAGGGUGCAGAGUAUGAGGGUGCAGAGUAUGAGGGUGCAGAGUAUGAGGGUGCAGAGUAUGAGGGUGCAGAAUAUGAGGGUGCAGAGUAUGAGGGUGCAGAGUGUGAGGGUGCAGAGUAUGAGGGUGCAGAGUAUGAGGGUGCAGAGUAUGAGGGUGCAGAGUAUGAGGGUGCAGAGUAUGAGGGUGCAGAGUAUGAGGGUGCAGAGUAUGAGGGUGCAGAGUAUGAGGGUGCAGAGUAUGAGGGUGCAGAGUAUGAGGGUGCAGAGUGUGAGGCUGCAGAGUAUGAGGGUGCAGAGUGUGAGGGUGCAGAGUGUGAGGGUGCAGAGUAUGAGGGUGCAGAGUAUGAGGGUGCAGAGUGUGAGUGUGCAGAGUAUGAGGGUGCAGAGUAUGAGGGUGCAGAGUAUGAGGAUGCAGACUUUGAGGUGAUGUUUGAGGAUGCUUUUGUUCUGCAUCACGUGGAGCACUUUGGUGGUGCUGCUGCCCCUGCUGCCUCUGCUUCUCAUGAUGGUGUGCGUGGCGUUCCUACAGCUCAUGUUCCUAUGGCGGGUGUACCUGUACCUGACCGUGUGUAUGAGCCCCCUGUGCCUGGUGCCCCCGCCAGGGCUGGUGCCAGCCUUCCCCUCGAGGGACGCGCACCGGCUGCCCCACCUGCCCCACCUGCACCACCUGCGCCACCUGCAGCUGCUGCGCCGCUGCUAGUGCCCCCUCCCGCCCCUGCAGCGGUUGUGGCACCCGUUCCAGCUGCUAAUGCUGCAGCACCAGUCGCUCCUGCUGGUGCUGCUGAUGCAGCGCUGGUGCUUGGUGCGCCUAGUUCUGCAGCAGCGGCCAGGCUUGAAGCAGAAGCAGCAGCAGCAGCAGCAGCAGCAGCAGCAGCUGUAGCAGCUGAAGCAGCAGGCCAUGGGUUUGAGCUUGGGGCGGGAGCUAGGCUUGGCACACCAAAUCAGGGUGGUCCCGUGGGUCGUUGGUUGCAGGUGUGGGACGGCCAAGGAAGGCAAGGGCGUGUGGGGAUGGAAGAGCGAGCAGAGACAGCAGAGCUUGCAAUGAUUGUGGCGGAACUAGAGCACGGAAGGGUGCACACACGGCCACAGACGUUUCGACGGAUUUUACAGAGUCCACGUCAACGGCCACAGCCGGUACCACUGCUGAGGCAACAGCUGGCAGCAGAACGUGAGGCUGAGGCACUCGGUCUGCAAGGGGAUUUGGGUCCCGCUGCUGCUCCAGCGGUCGAAGAGGAGGGAGGAGCUGCUGGGGAAGGCGCUGCAAAGCAGAUCAGAGCACCCGGCGACAGAGAGGUGGACAGAAGCAGGGCAGAGAGAGGUGAAGGGCUUGCUGCUGCUGCUCCAGUGGCAGCAGUUGAAGGUGUGGGAGAGGCUCCUGAAGAGGGUGCUGCAGUGCAGAUCAGAGCAGCUGGCGACGGAGAUGUGGAGAGAGGCAGAGCCGACGAAGAUCGGGAUGCGGAUGGGGCAAGAGGCAGAGGCAGACGCAGGGGCAGGGGUGUCACAGAUGAGAGCCUUCCCAACCCGAUGGAGGCGGAGGGGCCUGCGGGCCCCGCUGCUGCAACUCCAUCCCAGAAGAUGGUGACAGUCGGCGUGCUGGCGGGUGGUGCUGCUGCAGCAGGCAGUCCUGAUUCCCUCGGGCACGUUGGUAAAGCUUUAGACGUUGCCCAAUCCAACGACGCUUCCACGGCAAAGGUGGAGAAACGCAUGGCAGCAGCGACAGCGGUGGCAGCAGCGUCAGCGGUGGCAGCAGCCGUGGUGCAACAGCCAGCAGCAGAACCGGCCACAGCUGCUGCAGGGGUGCCAAUGAAAGCUGCAGUUCUAGUGUUGCGUGCUGCAGCGCCUGCAGCAACUGCCAGUGCUGGUGCUGCUUCUUCAGGCCUCUCUAGUGAACCCAAUGCCCACUCCUCCCGUCCUCCCCCUCCGCCUCUGGUGCCAGUGCAAAGGGAGGGAGAGUCAGAGAGCAACAGUGAGGGCGAGGAGCAGCGGUCCGUGUGUGCUGGUGCUCGCCCCAUCGCACGUCUGAGUGUGGAGGAGGAGGUGUUCAAGCCGCGCUGGGGUGUGGAUUCCUCAGGGACGCUGCUGCCGGCAGCCAGGCUGAUCGGGGGAAGUGGGGGAGGAAGAGGAAUGGGGGGAAUGGGACGAGCUGCCGAGGUGUGGGAGGUGGAUACGGAAGAGGUGGACUCAUCUGUGUUGACUGAUGAAGAAAAUGACGACCCUGAUUUGCUGGAUACUGCCUGCAGUGGGGGCUCAAGGGGGUCGGGUGGAAGCAGGGAAGCAGGGAGGAAACAGGAAGGUGGUGAGGGAAUCAGUAGCAGCGGCGGCAGAACGGUGGUGAGGCGGCACAGAGUAGUCGGCACUAGUGGUUGGGUUCAGAGGCCGCCUAAGGUGGUGGAUGAAGAUUCAGUUGGGUCUGCCCCAGAAAUAAACCUGCCCGGGGAAAGGGCAGCUGGUGCAAGGAGGGAAUGGAAGAGUGGUGGUGGUUUGUGCAGCAGGUAUGGGAAGAGUCGGCUGCUUGAGCAGAGGGUGCUGCUGUGGAUGGCUUUGGCUGUGUGUUUCGUUUUUGUGGGCGUGAUAAUGGCGCCUGCUUGGCGUGUGAGCCCUCUGUUGCUCUCAGCAUGAGAAUCGUGCUAGGAGGCAGUAGGCUUUGUUUUGUUUAUGUUUCCCGUUUUGUUUGGUUGCUUGUUUUGUGUGUGCGUAAGCACCACAUCCGGGCAGGGUGUCUCCCUUGUAAAUAAAACUUGCCUGCAGCAGUAAUGUCUGUGCAGCAGUAAUGUCUGUACAGAUAGCAUGUUUUGCACCAAUAAAAUGUAUCGACUCCA